GUCAUAUUACAAUUUUUGUGUGCGAAGAUCAAAGCCUUUUGUCCACAACUAACUUUGAUUUUAAAAACUGCAAAAUAUAUUCCGAUUUAUUUGUUACGUACGACCAAGAAUGGCAAAGGUUAUGUGCAUUUUCAUGAUGCUGUUUGUCAGCUAUGCCGCAAGUAGAUCUGUUUCUUACUUCACCGCUGCAGAUGCGGAUUAUAUUCAGCGAGUUCAGGAAAUUUUGGAUUCUCAUGUUGAAUCAUCGGAUUUUCCUGCCACCUAUUUAUUUCCUCAGAAUCACCGGGCUCUGGACAGUGCAAUGAAGGACAUAAUCUCGUCUUCUGUGCCCAUGAAACGAAAUAGCGAAAUCCUCAACACUCUCAUUGGUCUCCCGGCGAGACUGAAGCUCAAAGGCUAAGAAAUCUGAUGGAAAAUGCUAACGAAAUUUUAAUAACAGUUUUGGCGGCCUUUCAUUUUUGGUCCUUUUUAAUGGUACCGGAAAUGUACGCCUUCAUGCUGUGAUUUCUGUUUCUGCUACAUAAUUGAAAGUUAGGUUGCGCGUACAUUGCUGACGCAUUUUCACGUCAGCUUUUCCUACUCACUUUCUAACUAAACGUCUAACCUGCCCGAGUAAAUAAGUUUUACAUAAUGCACACGCACUGCUGCUUUGCUUUAUUUUGUGAAUCAUCUUCAAGUGAAUGUACGAGUAAUGCUGUAUAACCGUGAAUUAGGCAUACACUGCUGUUUUUUUGUUAAUUUAUAUUGAACUUGAAAAAAUUAAAAUUAGUUUCGGUGCUUACUUUGAAAGGCCAGUGAUGGCUUGAUAUCAUUUCCGCGAAUGUGCCGUAUAUAUGCGUCAAAGAAAUCCACCAUGGCUCCGUCUUUGUACAUCUGCUCAUGCUGAGCGUACUCUUUUGUAAAGAGUUCCCACUCGCGUUCGACCAUGUACCGCAACGCAUCCCAGUCCUUGUUGAAAGGGG